UUGGGCUGAAAGGGAAAACUAAUCGAUCAGGAAGCGAUGAUCGAUCAGCAGCAUGGAAACCUUGAAACGUGUGGUGAGGCGAAGCAGGAAAUCUUCACAAAACAGAUUGACCCACUACGAGUUUGAGUCACAACAACGAGCUACAACCUUCCUUCAUCCAACCUGAGACUCCCCGUAACCACAUGGAGCCACAAGUCUGUCUCAAGAGAAAGAGGGAACCUUCCCCAACACCAGAAAGCAGUAAAAGAGUAAAAGAGACAGAUGGUAACAGAGUUCCAGAGUCUGAGCACCGUUCCGGUUCCCGAGCCCCGCGGCUCUCUCUGCCGUUUGACCGUCUCCAGGAACCGGUCACGUUGAAAGAUCUGACGGAACUGCUUCAGUUUGCUGCUCUGGGGAACACCGGUGGGCUGAAACAACCCAGUUGGUGUCGCCUCCACCGCCAGAAGAAUGUGUCAGGGGUGAGCGUGAUCCUUCUAGAAGGACUGAGCCAGGCCCACUUCUACAGACACUACCUGCACUUUAAACACCUCCGCACCAAGUACACCUCUAGACACAGUUAUACUCCAUCGCCUGGCAACGUUAUUUCUGAGAUAUUUAGCAGUGAAGUUGUCAACAACAGUCCUGCCGAUGCGCUAGGAGACCAGAAGAGCGCUCAGCCAGAGGGAGGUCUGCAGUGGCACCCAGUGAUCAGGAAGUUUGGUCUGGAGACCAGAGGGCUGACUGGAUACCUCCUCACCCAGGAGGAGAUGAUCAAUAAACACUUCCCUGUCCGCGGUAUGCCUGGCAGUGAGGGCUUUGUGUGUACAGACAGUGACGACUGUGUGACUGACAGUAGUCCUCUCUAUGGUCUGGACUGUGAGAUGUGUCUGACAGAAAGGGGCAACGAGCUGACACGCAUCUCUCUAGUAGACAGCAGAGGGAGCUGUGUUCUGGACGAGCUGGUCAAACCUCCCAACCGCAUCCUACACUACCUUACACAGUUCUCUGGUAUCACCCGUGCAAUGCUGCAGCCAAUCACCACCACCCUGAGAGAAGUCCAAUCAAAGCUCAAGAAAGUGUUGCCCCGGGACGCGGUCCUGGUUGGCCACUCCCUUGAGAACGACCUCAGGGCCCUGAACCUGAUCCACCCCCAUGUGAUUGACACCUCCCUGCUGUACAGGAGAGAGUUUGGACGGAGGUUUAAACUCAAGGUGCUGGCUGAGACCGUGCUCAAGAAGCAGAUCCAGACGGAGGAGAGGAAAGGUCAUGACCCCACAGAGGACGCCCAGGCUGCCCUUGAACUGGCCCAGUACUUCAUACACACUGGACCACGACAGGUAGUGGAGCUGUAUUGUGAAGAGCUGUGGGGUGGGAGUCCUACCAUGUACCAGCCUCCUGUCAACAGAGCAACAUCUACACACAACAACAACAACAGCUCUCUCAGGUUUUCCGAGGCCCUGAAGAGUUCUGGCCAAUCAGCCGUGUUUAUAGGGAAGCGUGCUGACAACACCCUGGAUCUGUCCAAUCAGCAGUGGCACAGCUCAGACAGAGAGGUCUUGUCUUCCUUUAAAAGAGGACUAGACUCUCACUCGUUCAGCGUUGUCCAGUUGUCUUCCUUCUCUGACCAUCUGAAGGCUAUGAUCUCUACUGACCAUCACUACCACACGGUAUAAAUCUGUCUACCUCUCUGUCUGUCAUAUCUACCACACGGUAUGAAUCUGUCUACCUCUCUGUCUGUCAUAUCUACCACUACCACACAGUAUGAAUCUGUCUUCCCUCUCUGUCUGUCAUAUCUACCACUACCACACAGUAUGAAUCUGUCUGCCUCUCUAUCUGUCAUAUCUAUCACUACCACACAGUAUGAAUCUGUCUGCCUCUCUAUCUGUCAUAUCUACCACUACCACACAGUAUGAAUCUGUCUGCCUCUCUGUCUGUCAUAUCUAUCACUACCACACAGUAUGAAUCUGUCUGCCUCUCUAUCUGUCAUAUCUACCACUACCACACAGUAUGAAUCUGUCUGCCUCUCUGUCUGUCAUAUCUAUCACUACCACACAGUAUGAAUCUGUCUGCCUCUCUAUCUGUCAUAUCUACCACUACCACACAGUAUGAAUCUGUCUGCCUCUCUGUCUGUCAUAUCUAUCACUACCACACAGUAUGAAUCUGUCUGCCUCUCUAUCUGUCAUAUCUACCACUACCACACAGUAUGAAUCUGUCUGCCUCUCUGUCUGUCAUAUCUACCACUACCACACAGUAUGAAUCUGUCUACCUCUCUGUCUGUCAUAUCUAUCACUACCACACAGUAUGAAUCUGUCUACCUCUCUGUCUGUCAUAUCUAUCACUAGCACACAGUAUGAAUCUGUCUACCUCUCUGUCUGUCAUAUCUAUCACACAGUAUGAAUCUGUCUGCCUCUCUGUCAUAUCUAUCACUACCACACAGUAUGAAUCUGUCUACCUCUCUGUCUGUCAUAUCUAUCACACGGUAUGAAUCUGUCUGCCUCUCUGUCUGUCAUAUCUACCACACGGUAUGAAUCUGUCUGCCUCUGUCUAUCAUAUCUACCACACAGUAUGAAUCUGUCUGCCUCUCUAUCUGUCAUAUCUAUCACUACCACACAGUAUGAAUCUGUCUACCUCUCUGUCUGUCAUAUCUAUCACUACCACACAGUAUGAAUCUGUCUACCUCUCUGUCUGUCAUAUCUAUCACUACCACACAGUAUGAAUCUGUCUGUCUGUCAUAUCUAUCACUACCACACAGUAUGAAUCUGUCUGCCUCUCUGUCUAUCAUAUCUAUCACUACCACACAGUAUGAAUCUGUCUACCUCUCUGUCUGUCAUAUCUACCACACAGUAUGAAUCUGUCUACCUCUCUGUCUGUCAUAUCUAUCACUACCACACAGUAUGAAUCUGUCUACCUCUCUGUCUGUCAUAUCUAUCACUACCACACAGUAUGAAUCUGUCUACCUCUGUCUGUCAUAUCUAUCACUACCACACAGUAUGAAUCUGUCUUCCUCUCUGUUUAUCAUAUAAUGACUUGUAAUGACUUUAUAUUCCAAUGCGCUAACUGUAUACUGAACUGUUGGAUGACUAUAUUCCAAUAGGGGGCGCUAACUGUAUACAUGUUGAUGUCAUAUCUGUCUAA